AUGUACCAAACACACAGCAAGAGAGAAUUUGCCAUAGAAUUCCAACCUCAAAUACAGAUAUUGAGGCCAAGCAUCCAUUCAAGAAGGGCAAAUUUACUAGUCAAAUUUCAAGACCUUUAUGGGUUUACUGUAGAGGGCAAUGUGGAUGAUGUUAAUAUAUUGAAUGAGGUUAGAGAGAAGGUGAGGCAACAAGGGAGGGUUUGGUGGGCUUUGGAGGCAAGCAAAGGUGCUAAUUGGUAUCUGCAGCCACAGGUUUCUUCGUUAACUGAAGGGAUUGCACUCAAAUCUUCUCUCAAAUUGUCUAAUUUAGCCAAUGCAAUUACUUUGAAGAGGCUUAUAAGGAAGGGGAUACCCCCUGUGCUUAGGCCUAAGGUUUGGUUUUCUCUCUCUGGUGCUGCGAAGAAGAAGUCUACGGUGCCUGAGAGUUAUUACAAUGAUUUGAGUAAGGCUGUUGAAGGGAAGGUUACAGCAGCAACAAAGCAGAUUGAUCAUGACCUGCCACGGACCUUUCCUGGUCAUCCAUGGUUGGACACUCCAGAGGGCCAUGCUGCACUCAGACGAGUUCUUGUUGGAUAUUCUUUCCGUGAUUCAGAUGUUGGCUAUUGCCAGGGCUUAAAUUAUGUUGCAGCACUGUUGUUACUUGUGAUGAAAACGGAGGAAGAUGCUUUUUGGAUGCUGGCAGUUCUUCUGGAGAAUGUCUUAGUGAGUGACUGCUACACAAAUAAUUUGUCAGGAUGCCAUGUUGAACAAAGAGUUUUCCAGGAUUUCCUUGCUAAAAAGUGCCCAAGAAUAGCGGCUCAUUUGGAAGAACUAGAGUUUGAUGUCUCCCUUGUUGCCACUGAAUGGUUUCUAUGCCUCUUCUCUAAGAGCUUGCCUUCAGAGACAACUCUGCGGGUGUGGGAUGUCCUUUUCUAUGAGGGGGCAAAGGUUCUGUUUCAUGUAGCUUUGGCCAUAUUCAAGAUGAAGGAAGAGGAGCUGCUUCUAACUCACCAUGUUGGUGAUGUCAUUAAUAUAUUACAUAAAACAACACACCACCUCUUUGAUCCUGAUGAAUUAUUGACGGUGGCAUUUGAUAAGAUAGGUUCAAUGACAACCAACACUAUAUCAAAGCAAAGGAAAAAGCAGGAACCAGCAGUAAUGGCAGAGCUUGAUCAAAGAUUGAGAAGACUAAACUCAAUCAAAAUGGAUGAUGAGAAAUAG